AUGGCAGCGGCGGAGGACGCGGAGGGCGACCGCGUGAUGGAGAUCGUGUCAGCGGGGGCGCUCUACCACCGCGGCGGCGACUGGGAGCGCAAAUACUGUAGCUGCUCGAGGGGCAAGGACCGGUACCCUUACCCAGUGGGUUACCAUGCUGUCCGCCAUUUCACCGGAAUAUCCUAUGCCAUGGAAAUCCAACAGGGGCCCAAGGGUCCAAUAUUCCUGGUUACAUCCACUGAAGGAGACUCAGCGACAGGGCAGACCCCUGAUAUCGCUUGGAAGAACUUCCAGAAAAAGACUGGGGCAAAAGUGAAGAACUGGCAGAGGACAAAGAGCUUCCCUCAAAAGAUUGAUGGUGCUGAGCUUUUUGGGUUAAAAAAUGCAUCUAUUCAGAGAUUGCUACGUGAGCUUAUAGUAGAUUCAACUAGAGCAGUUGAACUUAACCUGCCUUGUGAAGUCGCUUUGGAGGCUGGUGCACAUUUAGUUCAUAAUAAAGAUGCAUCUGAUGUUUCUGAGGCUGAAGAUCUAUCCGUUUGCUUAGGCAUGGAAAGUGGAACUCCUAAAAGAAGUAUAGAGCCCAGCCAGGUGGAAAAUACCUUGAUAGUCCACUGCCCGGACAUGUUAACUUCAGUUGAUAAGUGCAAUGUAUCCACACAUAAAAAUACAAAUGAAGGAGAUACUGUAGGUAGAGCACUUUUGCAAGAUGUCUCUGAUUCAAGAUGUGCCCUUCCAUUGCUGGAAGAAGUCCCUAACAACGCACAAUCCACUUCUCUUGAUGAUAAUUUGGGAGAGCCUUUCCUAGUUUCAUCUCAACAAGUUGGUUUAUCUUCUGGUUCUUAUUCGAGCCCUGAAAAGUCUAAUAUAGAAUUGGCUGAGAAGGAAGUAGCAAAGUCUAUGAUGUCUAUUUUGCUUCCCCAAGCUAUUCCCCUUCUCAUGAAAACUUACAAAAGGAAGAAAUCCAAGCAUAAAAAUAAAGAAACCUCUACUGUUUCAGCGAAAACAGUUUCAGCUUACAAUCCAUCUGAUAGUUGCUGCCAAGGUGUAACUGUACCAACAAUUAUGGGUGAAGGUACAAAUGAAAAUAGUUCUGGAAUGUGUGACCAUGCGGGAUCUCAUCAUGGCAUGGUUAAAAAUGGCUUUGCCAAUGAUGACUGCAGAAAUGAUGACUCAGUGGUUAAAUUAGAUGAGAUGAGUGGUUAUGUUGUUGCAGAUAGUUUUGAGGAUGAUGCACAAAUUUUGGGUGACAAUACGAAGAAAUCAAUAGAGGAUGAGUUCGGUGGGGAAGAUAGUUCCAACCCUGCAAACUACAACCAGUUUAAUGGCGAUGUUAAACAAUCCGAGCAGCAAUUUAAGGAGCCUACAAAUGUUAUAAAAAAUGACUCAUCAGUUUCGGUGGAUGUUUCAUACCACAAGAACACUGGUAAUGGAUCAAUUGAUGUUUGUGCACAAGCUUUUGUUAGACAUGGUUCAGCAGUUUCGAGGAAUGAGGAGUGUUUAGCAAAUAUCUUGCCUGCUCCAGUUCAUUCUAAUGCACAUAAUGAUGUUGUAAAGUGGGGUAAGCGUGAUGUGAGUUCAACUUUGAUUUUGCCACCUGCGAGUGAGGCAAAAUCAUCUUUGUUGGUCAUGCGAGAUGAACAACAUCAUACUGAAGUGCCAGCAAUUGAUCAGAAGGAAAAUAGGUUCCAUAGUGUAAGCUAUAAAUGUACAAAAUCUGAUGAUAAUACUAGUUUUCAUUCUGAGAAUGUUGAGUUUGUUGACAAACAUGUUGCUUUUGAGUCAUCAGACAAAGGCAUGCAUUCUAGUGAUGGGUCACAAAGAGUAAGCACCACUAAAGGUUGGCCUGUUGGUGACGGAGUUAAAGCAGAUAAAGGAAAUUCGCUUGGCAAAGUGGAAGAAUGUCAAAUUGGAUGUAAAAAUGGUAAUAAGAACACGAUGCUAUCUGUAUGUGGGGAAGGCAAUGUUUGUGAACACAUACCUCCAAAAGGUGAAAAUGAUGUUUUUCAUCACCAACCAGAUAAUGCCCUUUCUAUGACCAAUUGUACACAUGGUUUAGUAUCUGCAUACACAAGAACACAAGCAAGAAGGAUGCAAAACAUUGAUUGCUUGUGCUCGGUGUGCAACUUGGGCCGAUGCGAAGAUAAUUCUUUAAAAAUUGUAUCUGUUAUCUUGGGUUAUGUUUCAGUUGUAACCAAUUUGAUGCUUUAUGGGACAGUGUCGUGUAUUCUGAUAUUCGAACCAAAUUACAUUGUAGCUGCUGAAGAUAGCAGAAACUUGCAUAUCUGGGAAAUGGUCGAUGGGUGGAGUGAGAUAUCUGAGCAGUACGUGAUUCCUAGUUUGGGUAACAUGGGUCCUGUACUGGAGCUUCAAAGGAUGCCAAAAAACACAUCUCUCAUUAUUGGCCAUGAUGGCGAAGUGCCAAAGGGAAUUAUUGCAGUCACUGUUGAUGUGGUAGUUAUCUUUGUUAGGGAUUUGGUCAGUGCAUCUCGAAUGCUUCAUGCCAGUUAUAUCCAAAUGCUUGUCAUAUAA